UCUCAAUUCAGUCAGGAUGAAGUAGUUUCCGGGCGACAGGGUACCAGCAGUAAACAUGGCGGAGGAACUGCUGGAAACAGUGGACAGACUUCAGUCCCGGCUUCUGGAGAAUCCAGAGCCUCGAAAGCUACUAAAGACUUUCAAAAGACUGGGGGAACUUCCCAUGACUGUGGACAUACUGGUGGAAACUGGAAUUGGGAAGACUGUGAAUUCUUUUAGGAAACAUGAAUUGGCUGGUGAGGUGGCAAAAGACCUUGUAGCCAAAUGGAAAAAACUGGUUCCUCAGUCUGCAGACAGACCCACCAACAGCCACGUCAAAGAAGCACCUCGGUCACACACACACUCUCGAGGCCCAGAGGUAGGUGGUGGAGGACACAGACGCACCCGCGAGCCCUCCCCUGAGGAAGAGCCCCCCUAUGAGGAAGAAGAGGAGGAGGAGGAUAGAGGCUAUCACACGAACUACUUGCCCUCACCACCUCAACACGAGCAGUACAGCCCCCCACAGCAAGGCUACCAGUCAGACGAGUACGAGAGUCCAGAGCCUGAGGCUGAGCCUAGUCCUCCCCCUCCUCCCCCUCGCAAAGAGGUCCGCCACACCAAACCAAACAAAGAACCCAACAAAAACCACCACCAUGGUUCCCACAGCGACAGAAACAGGGACAGAGACGAGGAGCGGCGGCAACGCCAUGCGCAGACAAGCAGCGAUCGAGGAGGAGGGGGUAGUGAGGGGAAGAAACGCAGCACGGACAGAGAGAGGCAGCAGAGUCCAGUACAGAAGUCUGCAAAGCACAGCAAGAAGUCCACCACACAUGAGAGUAAGAGGGAGGAGAAGAAGAGAGGAGGAGAUGAUGGGCGACUGCGGGCGCCAAAGGAGUCUCCACCCAAAGAGGAGGAAGAAGACUAUGAGACUCCCACGAUGUCCUUUGAGUCUUUCCUCACAUAUGACGCCCCAACGCCUGUCAAGAAGAAGAAGAAGCCAUCAUCAUCAUCCUCGUCACACAGUCGACCCUCUCACUCUUCCUCCUCCACGUCAUCCUCCCAUCGUUCACGCACCCCUCCGCCUACACCCUCCUCUUCCUCCAAGGGGAGCAAAGCUAAUGGAACUCAGAGCACCAAGAGGUCACAUUCAGGCUCCAGUUCAGCAACACCGGAAAAACGCAAGAGGGUAGUUGAAGCUGCUCCGACUCUCCCUGAAAUCCCUCUGCCAGCAAUUCAACCUAAUUACAGACCUCUGCCCUCCAUUGACGUCACACCAUUGUCCCCUCAGAGACGGAAAGUUCCUAUCUGCAACGACGAGGAGGACGCGGGGUUUACAGGGAAACGAUUCAACUCAAAGAUGGUGGUCUACUCUGGAUCAAAGACCUCUUACUUGCCCAGGAUGAUGACUCUGUACGAGCAGUGUAUCCGUGUGCUGCAGAACAACAUUGACUCCAUUGCUGAGGUGGGAGGAGUGCCAUUUGAGAUCCUGGAGCCGGUGCUGGAGAGAUGUACACCAGAGCAACUGUACCGCAUCGAGCAGAGCAACCAGUGGUUUACAGAGGACUCUGAUGAUCUUUGGAUGCGUCACUGUCAGCGGGACUUUAAGCGCGAGACUCCUCAAGAGUACGAGUCGUGGAGGGAGAUGUAUCUGAGGCUGCAUGACGAGCGCGAGGAGCGUCUGAGGUUGCUCACCCAGAACAUCUCCUCCGCUCAUGCCAACAAGCCAAAAGGGCGUCAGGUUAAGAUGGCAUUUGUGAAUUCUGUCGCCAAGCCACCACGUGACGUCCGCCGUCGACAGGAGAAGUUCGGUACCAUCAGUGGUUCGUCAGCUGCCUCCACUGCAGCUGCUGCUCCCAUCAAAAUAAGACCCGCUACUAUAGAUUACUCUGGUGAAAUGGGUCGCUCCUCCUCCUCUCAACAAAACCCUUCAACCAGCUCUUCUCGCUCCUCAGCACCAGGCGGAGGAGGCGGAGGCGGCGGAGGAGGAGGAGCUGGAGGAGGAGGACCUGCCGCUCGGGACAAGCCACAGGUCAAAAAAAUCGCCCCCAUGAUGGCCAAAACUAUCAAAGCUUUCAAGAACAGAUUCUCCCGCCGAUAGUGUGAAAGAGACUGAAUGUAUUUUAUGAAUUCCAACUGUGUUUUUAAUUUAACUUUAGCAGAAAUUUUACUGGAGACCCCCUCAUUCCUGCGCACACACACAAACAUACACCAUUGUCUUUACCCACCAAACAUAUCAUAUGAACUUUUCAGUAGAAAUAUGGUUAAUUUAAAACAAACAAACUUGUAUUUAAAUGGUGGCAUUUGUUCUGAGAGGGAUCUUAAAAUGAAAUGAGUAUUUAAAUCCUAAAUAACGGUCAGUGAGUGCGGUGACGUCUGUAUUAAGAAAUUCAAGUCACCGACUUUUUACAACAUGCAAAGGACAACACACAGUCUGUUACUUUUUCUUGUUUUCUGGCUUCUUUUUCAAAAGGAACAGCUUGAUUUUUGGGGAUUACACUUGUUUGCUUUGUUAACAAGAGCUAAAACUGAGGAUUGAUACCCCUUGCAUAUCUGUAUGCUAAAUACAAAGCAACAGCCAGCAGGCAGUUAGCUUAGCUUAGCUUAGCUUAGUUUAGCAUAGCUUAGCACAAAUGCUGGAAAUAGAGGGAAACAGCCAGAUUGUCUCUGUCUAAAGGGAACAAUCUCUGCCUACCAGCACCACUAAAGCUAAAUAUUUUUAAUUUAUGUGCUAUCUCAUGUGUAAAAAGGACAAUUUGUAGUUUUACUGGGGGGCUAUGUGCAAAACUAUUUCUUCACCAGGACAUUUGGAAUCACCUAGAAUAGUUUGGUACCUUACCCCUUCUAAACUUUGAACUGUGACCUUUACACAAGAAACUACAUGUUGUUGUACAUAUUAAACAAAUGAGACAUAACAUGUUAAUGAGUGAGCUUUAGAUGUGCUGGCAGUUGGCUGACUGAUUCCCCCCGUUUCCAGUCUUUAUGCUAAGCUAAGUUACCCAACGGCUGAUUUCCAGCUUUAUAUUAAACAUACAGAUGUGAGAGUGGUGUCGAUCUUCUUAUCUGACUCUUGGUAAGAAAGCAAAAAAGGGUUCUUCUUCUAAAAUAUCAAACUUUUUUUCUUUAUGGGACAUAAAAAACAGAUUAUUUUAAUUUAAAGAAUAGUUGUUUGUUACUUUUCAUUACGAUGAAAUGAUACACUACAUGAGGAAAACCUUUACACAGGCUUUUUUUAAUCUCAAUGGCAUGCAUGGUGCACGUCAGCCAAGACAUCAGCCAGCUGGUUAAAGUCUCUGCUUUUUAAAAAACAAACACAUGAAUCUUUAAUCACGGUGCAUUCUUAAAUGUGUAGGGCUAAAAUGAUAUCGAUGAACUACACAAAUACACAGAGAGACACAUUGUAGAGUUAUUUUAACCCUCCUGUGGCUUCAGAUCAUCUUUUCCUGCUGUUGAAUGUGUGUGUCCCUGUUUAUAUCUGCUUCACUGUGACAAUUAGCUUGAGUGAGUGCUGAUGAGACUGCAGGAAGAGAAGAAGAACAACAAUGAAACAUAACAAUAAGAAAGGAAAGUUAAAAGGAUGCCUGCAGCUUCGGUCAACAACAAUGAUGAGAUGUAUUUAUUUUCAACCCUGGGACCUGGCACCCCACAACAUGGGCCCAAAAGGAAGUAGAAUAAAAAUUGUAAUUUUAUUAGAUUUUAAUAAAUGUUCUACGGUCAUUUUUAUUAAAAUUGACUUUUUGCCCUUAAA